AUGCGAACCAUCGACGAUGCUGGUGAAGACUUCUGGGAAGACAUCCUAGCACGAGCGAGGCAACGAGAGCGAAGUUCAUUGGUGAUGGAGACAUUCAACAAUCAGGAGGACAUGAGACUACAAGAGAAUGAUAUGAUCUUCGAGAUUGGGUGUCUAGUUGGCCAUGAGGAAAGUGUUGCAUUCAAGGUUCUUUCUCUGGUGACACACCCAACCUUUCCUCAAACUUUGGCUUGUUCAAUUGUUGCGCAAAGCACAAUUCCUGGCCGCAUCUAUGCCGAGGUUGACAAUAUGACUCAAGCCCGUGCACUCGCCCGCCGAAUUCCAGAGCUCAACAUGAACAAUAUCCGCCCCGUCUCGUUGGAUGAGCGAACUGACAUGCUCACUCGGAGUAGCCCCUACAGGCUCGAAGAUCAGAAAUGGGUUCAGGUCCAUGAUAAACGGGCCAAAUGGAAGAAGUAUCUAGGGGAUACCGGCCUGCUCAUCAAAAGACUGGACAGCUUUUUGGUUGGGUUGAUUCCUCGGAUCGGAAAAGAACCCCGUCCACCACAAGCACUCACGCCGCAGGACGACAUGGUCGAAACUUUUGGAAUUCAUAAAGUCAAAGCCUUGGAGACACAGACACAAUAUAUAUUUCAACAGCGCACCUACACCCGAGAUGGAAUUCUACGCACAGCUUGCAAUGCUCAAGAUGCACUGGAGGCUGCCACUUCCACUGCUCACCAGGCAACAGGAGCCUUGAAUCCAGGUUCUGCUCCUCGCCAGGCCGCCGGGACUCCUCGACCUGGUGCUGCUUCCGCUCCUCACAACACUGCUGCCUUGAGGCCUGUCGCUGCCCCUAGGCCUGUUGCCGUCUCAAAGCCCGCUGCCAUCUCAGAGCCUGCCACCAUCUCAAAGCCUGUCACCGCCCCGAGGCCUGUCGCUGCCUCAGAGCCUGCCACCAUCUCAAAGCCUGUCACCGCCCCGAGGCCUGUCGCUGCCUCAAAGCCUGCUCCCAUCCCAAAGCCUGUUGCUGCAUCCAGCACUCUGACGCCUUUACCACCUGAUAACGCACCAAAUUCAGUGCCCACUUCAGACUGGCUCAAAGCACCUGAGGAAGCAUGUUUCGAUGAGAUCUACGUGCAAACCCCUCCCUUUGCGACAAUCACAAAUAGGACAAGGCCCUCAGCGCUCAAGGUGACCGAGAAAGUCCAGGCCACCUCUGAAGCCAUGGCCACACCGCCUAUCGACCGUGCGACAGAACCUGAUGGGCCUGGGGCCAUGAAGACAAAGAGCGCGUCCGGCAAGGGCAAGUCACUUCGGAACGCGGCGCCUCCACCGGCGAUGCGCACCACUUGUUCACAUGCUGCACAAAAAAGAAAGAGUGAUGAUUCGCAAGAAUUGAGCAGGCCUCCAGCAAAGAAACAGUGCAUGGACAUUCAGAGGUGCCCCCAUGCUGGGUGUGUGAGCAUUCCCACAGACGGACUCACCCAAAAAUUAAAGCGGACACUGGAUAAACUUGUCAACAGCGCCAACCUCACCCUGGAGUACAGAGACAAACUGAAUGUGCAAGUUCAUGACGAACUCAGAGUGGCUGUCGCAAACAUGGCCCAGGAGUUGGACUGGCCCAUGAAUGUUGACUUCAAAUCUCUUCCAGAUUAUCUCUGCUACCUGUGGUUGUCACUCGUUGAAUCAUUGCAAAAGGUGGGCGCAAAUGCCGAGGAUCUGUCCCACUGGGAAGAUAAGAGGCUGUACAACAUGAUGUGUGCCAACCUGCAUGCCAGCUAUUACAGGCCCAUGUCAAUGAAGAUCAUUGAGGACUGGUUUGUCAAAACAUACCCACAAGAUACCAUGGAGCCAAAAAUUGCACAUAUAAUGGCUGAUGUCAUCCUAGAGAAGAUGAUCAGACCGCUGGAAGCCUGGUGGACUGGCAUGCAGGGAUGGACACUCACUUAUUGCCAAUUCCUGGACCUCGUCGCCAUUCCUGGGAUUGCCAAUAUUCUCAUUGAGGACGAUACGGGACUAACCCCAUUUGAGGUGGAAAAGUUGUGCCAGGACAGUUACUCAUACGGAGUUAUGUUCCACCGCGUAACCGCCAUUCAUGACGCACUGAGGACUGGCGAACCAUUGCGAUUGAGCAGGAAGAAGUUGACAGACACAACAUUUUCCUCUGUCAUGGUUGGGCCUGGGCCUGACCAGUCAAGCAAGUGA